AUGAAUUCAAUUAAAAAAAUCCUAAAAAAGAAAAGAUUGUUAAAACCUUCAAAAAAAAGAAAAUAAUCAGCAACUUAGCUUGAAUCAGAAACAAUUCAAUAGAUAAAACUCACUCAUAAAGAAUAAAUUCACAUUAGAGGUCAAUUUUAAUUUGUCGUUGUUAAUGGAUAUUUGGAAAUGGAUUUGUAUGAAGUAAGGAAAACUCAAAUUUAUGAAUUCAGCAGUACAGAGUUUGUCACUGUAAUUGCUCACAAUGUACCUUAAAAAAUUGAAGAUUAUUUAACAAAAUUUUAAUCAUCAUAAGUAUAAUCUGAAGUAUAUUUGGAAUUCAUGAAUUACAUUCUAAAAAAUUAACCUAAGGAAUUAACUUUGUUAAUUUAUGGUCACUAUGAAAUUAGUGACUUUGGUUAUAUUUUGACUGAUUAAAAAUAGGAACUUUUUGACUGCUAAGACAGAAGUGUCAUGUUCAUUGGUGAAAAAUAAGUAGGAAAAUCAACAAGUUUGUAAUUAUAUGCAAAUAAGUUAUUGAAUUCCAAUCAAGUUUUUAUUUUAGAUACUGAUCUGGGUUAAGCUAUCAUUUUACCUGGUUUUGUUACCCUUGUAAAAUUAGAAUUGCCUCUAUUUUUAUCAAAACCCCAGAUUUUAUUUUAAGGAUUUGUUGGGGAAUUCCAAGUCUUUAAUUAUUUUGAUCUCUAUUUCCAUAAAGUGACCUAGGCAUUGGAUGUCUACAAUUAAUCUCAACUGUUGAAGGAUUAUCCAUUAUUGAUUAACACUGCUGGUUUCAUAACGAGUUAUGGAAUAACUAUAAUUUAGGAGUUAAUUAAUAUUUUGUAGCCCUCCAAAUGCAUCCUGCUUUCAAGAGACAAUCAUAAAAAAAUUAUGGAGAAAUCAAGUUAUUUAUAUGAAUAAUUAUCAAAAAAAUCCUUUAUUAGUAAUUUUGACACAUUUAAAUCAUAAUUGCAGAUAGUUCAUGAAGAAAUCGAUUUUGAAUCAUAUGGUUAAACUAUUCAGGUAGAGACACCUUAGAUUAGAAAAUAGAAUCGAACCUCAAAGAUUGCAUAAAACCUUGGUGUGGAAAAUCUAAAUUACUUAACUUUAUGUUCCGAAACAGAUUUAAAAAUUAUUGAUACAAAUCAAUGUUAAUUCAUUGUGAUAAAUGAAAAGAAGAAUUUCUAUGAUUUGGAAGAAAUAGCUUCAGUGUUUAUAUUUAAUUUGGUAGCUGUAGAGUAGGAUGGGACAUUUUUGGGUUUAGGAUUUAUUAAAGACAUCGAUAUCAUUCAUAAUAAAAUACAUGUCAUCUCUCAGAUUGAAUUUGGUAGUGGUUAAUACUAAUUUAUAAAAUCAAAGUUCUAUAACAUAUCAUAAGAUUAGUUGGGAGACAUAGGUGUUGAGGAUGUUUAUUAAAUAUUGGAUAAAGAGUGCAUCCAAAAUGGAGAGCCUUUGGAAUAUCUGAUUGAUUUGCCUUAUAUUACAUUGAAGAGUGAGGCAAUAGGGGAUUUCAAGCAUAAGAUUACCGUAAAUAAAAAAACCUAUUGA